GAAAAAAAAAAAAGGACCUCGGUGAAGACGCAAAACAAAUCUGGAUUUGUGUUUCAUCCGUCUUCCGUCUGCCUCCCUGAGCCUUCUUCAUCGUCUUCACCUCACGGAAUCGCCCAGUGGUUGAGACACCUUCGAAACCCUACUUCGCCUUCCUGUAUUCUUGAUUCUUAGUUCAGUCUAUUCAAAUUUCAGUUCUUUAUUCCCAAAAAAGCCCCCUCCUUCACUGAGAAUGCCAAAGCUAUACCCUUCUAGAUAGCCUCCGGAGACACCCUGCACUGAUUUUUGAGGACCAGACAUGAUCGUGCGGACGUACGGGCGCCGCAGCAGAGCAAUUUCGAGGGCCUACUCCGACACCUUGAACGACGACGUUUCCGAGACCUUCAGGGACUCUUUGUCCCAAGAAAGUUCGCAAGACCACCUGUGCGGCUUCGCAUUCUCGUCUCAAGGUUCGACCUCGCAUUGGUCUGCUUUCGAUUCGGACCCCUGCGAUACGAAUUCGAUCUUACCCUCAAGGGUCCCUUUCGACGAUUUAUGCAACGGGGUGUCUAGGAAGUCGAAGAGAUCGAGGAUUGCGAAGAAGGAGACAGAAGUGCCCAAGAACAGUGGGCUGUCUAUUCCGGCGACGUCUACGUUGAUGGAGGCGCAGGAGUUUGGGGAGAUGAUGGAGCAUGUAGACGAGGUGAAUUUUGCUCUGGAUGGGCUUCGGAAAGGUCAGCCAGUGCGGAUCAGAAGGGCGAGCUUGGUGUCUCUGUUGGCUAUAUGUGGCACGGCUCAUCAACGGCGGCUUCUACGAACUCAAGGGAUGGCAAAGGCAAUAGUUGAUGCUAUUUUGCGGCUCAGUCUUGAUGAUUCUCCUAGCAAUCUUGCAGCUGCAACACUUUUACACAUUUUGACCUGUGAUGGUCAAGAUGAUCGCCUUCUUGAAUCACCUAGUUGUGUUCGGUUUCUAAUCAAGUUGUUGAGACCAAUUGUCUCCACAGCCAGUAAAGACAGAGAACCUAAACUUGGCUCAAAACUUCUAGCAUUGUGUCAAAAAGCUGAUGUCUUUAAAAAUACAACGAGUAGAUUGGACUCCAGUUCCGUGGCAGUUUUUUCUAGAGUUGAAGAAAUUCUAGUGAAUUGUAAAGAGCUAAAAACUACCUGUCGGAAUGACAGUGGGGUAGAGAGGCCAGAGUUAUGCCCCAUAUGGUUAGCAUUGCUGACUAUGGAGAAGGCUUGCAUAUCUGCCAUCUCUCUUGAUGAAACCACUGGUGCAGUUCGGAAGGCCAGCGGGAAUUUCAAGGAAAAACUAAGGGAGCAUGGAGGACUUGAUGCUGUCUUUGAUGUUGCCAUGAAUUGUUAUUCAGAUUUGGAGAAUUGGAUGGAAGGUCUAUCAACCAAAGAUUUGAGAAAUGACAAACAGCUGAAGAGUCUAACUCUUCUUCUCAAAUGUUUGAAGAUCAUGGAAAAUGCUACAUUUCUUAGUAAAGACAAUCAGAAUCAUUUGCUUGGAAUGAAAGGAAAGUUGAGUCCUCUGGCAACAGUAUUAUCUUUCACGGAGCUAGUUAUACGGGUCAUUAAAAUUCUCUCAGAUAUAAAUUUACGAAGAAGUGCUUCUGCAUCAUCAAAGAAUAGCAAGUCUCGCUGUCCUUUUGGUUUGGCUGGUCACGGUUCUCAACUGGAUCUGCUUGCGGACCUUGAAGGAAACGAGGCCUUAUCCGGGAAUUCCUCUAGAAAUUACCGUGGUUUGGAGAGAACCUCUUUAGAUAAGAAAUCUAAUGUAUCUCAUAAAAGCCAAUCGUUGGCAUGCUCUCAGUUGGAUAGCUCGCCUUCCAUCUAUGAAAUUUCCAGCACUUCAACAAGUGAUACACAUUCGCUGGAGAUGAGAGUCAAUUCUUCCACUUAUGGGUCUUGCAGUGGUUCAUCAAGGAGUUCAGAUUGCAAAACAUCAAUGACCUUUAGCUGUUCUAGGAAGAAUGUUUCCUCAAGUGAUGGCAUUCCUGUUGUUGUUUUAGAUGAUAGCCAAGAUCCAUUUGCGUUUGACGAGGAAGAGUUUCAACCCUCUAAAUGGGACCUAAUGUCAGGGAAACAAAAACGAAAUCAAUCCAAAAAAUGUGAUAUUUCAAAAAGAGAAUUUGAUGAAGAUCGACGCCAAUCCCAGACAACUGUGGACCAUCUAGAAUCAAAUAAUGGUGAUGUCAGUUGUUCCACUUCUGACGUUGGUGAUGAAGAAGUAUCUGGUCUUCUGGCUGAUUGCCUUCUAACAGCUGUCAAGGUGCUGAUGAAUUUGACUAAUGACAAUCCUGUUGGCUGUCAGCAAAUUGCUUUACAUGGUGGACUGGAGACCAUGUCUUCGUUAAUUGCUGGUCAUUUCCCUUCUUUCAGCUCAACACCCUCCUUUUCUCAGAUAAGAGAAAAUACUUCAAAGGAUGCAAUCAGCCAUCCAUUUGAAGUGCAUCUUACUGAUCAUGAGCUAGAUUUUCUUGUUGCUAUUUUGGGCUUGCUUGUGAAUCUGGUAGAGAAGGAUAGUCAUAAUAGAUCACGUCUUGCGGCAGCCAGUAUUACGCUACCUGCCUCAGUUGGCUUGGACCAAGAAGCUCAGAGAGAUGUUAUUCAAUUAUUAUGCUCUAUUUUCUUGGCAAACCAGGGUCAGAACGAGGGAUCUGGGGAAGAUAAACAUUUGCAACUGAAUGAUGAGGCGGCUCUGCUAGAAGGUGAAAAAGAAGCUGAGAAAAUGAUUGUAGAGGCAUAUUCGGCCCUGCUUCUAGCCUUUCUUUCUACUGAAAGCAAGAAGGUACGAGAAGCAAUUGCUGACAAUCUUCCCGAUCGCAAGUUAGCUAUCCUUGUACCUGUGUUAGACCGAUUUGUGGAAUUUCAUCUGAGUUUGAACAUGAUUUCACCGGAGACACAUAAAGCCGUGAGUGAAGUCAUCGAAUCGUGUCGAAUUCCAUGAAAAACUUGACAAAUGGAAAACUUGUACAGCCUCCGCCUACAGUAGUGCUUGUUACGGGACUCGCCCUAGAUUUGCUGCUGGUCACCCUUGUCAUACUGCCAGAUCUUUGUUGCUCAAUUCAAAGCUCUUCAUCUUGGCUCCAUUUUAUUUUUCCAAUACAAAACUUUUUCCUGUGUUUCUAUCAUGCGAUUGGUGACCGGAUGCUUGCAUACAGAAAAUCAGUAGCAAAUGCCUGGAUUCAUUCCUGGCAUGGUUUCUGUGUAAUAGUAGUGCUUUUUUAUUUUUUUUUUUUAUAUUUUGGUUCAAUAUUUUUGUUUAUUCAUUCAUUUUCUUGUAUCAGGAGCCUUUAUAUCAUGUUAAAAUCCACCCAUCUCAUAUUUCAACAUUUCCGCAACUUUAUAAGUUGAAACUGGUUGAUUUUCUUUUUGUAUCUGUAAUGGUAGAGAUUAGUUUGACAGUCGAACUAGAUCUCACUCAGAAGCCAUGAUAAUGUCUAUUUUUCUCAUGUAA